AUGAAGUCCUUAAAAGAAUCCGUUGAGUUAAUUGAGAAAGAGAGCAAGCGCAGUCAAGCUAGACAAAUGUCCAAUAUUAUCAUUGUGCGCGGUAUUAACGAAAAUGUAAACAAUGUCUACGACUGUUUGGUGGACAUUUUUAAGAAUAAAUUGAAAAUUGUUGAUAUCAGCAAACGGGAUUUAAACUACUGCUAUCGCAUAGGUGCAAAAGAUAGCCGUAAUAAUAAAUCAAGGCCGCUUGCUGUUCAGUUUUGCACAAAGUGGAUCCGUGAUCAGGUGUUUUUCAACAAAAAACACUUAAAAGGUUCCCAAAUUCUGAUUACCGAAAUAGUUGUCCAUAAGCAGUUUCAACUUAAUCAGAAUGUAUCCAAUCUUAUCACUGUUAAUUUGGACUUAGAUAAACAGCUUAAGGAAUGUCGAUUAACUGUCAGUAGACUUGAAGGGGAUCUUGGGGACAUAACUGAAACCAACAAGAAUAUGCUGACCACCAUCCAAGUGCUCUCAGAAGAAAAGAAAUCCUACUCAGAAGAGCUGAAGAGUGCGAAAGUAAACCUACUACAUGCUAAAGAGGAAUUAAAAACAACUAAAUCUAGGUGUGAUAGUUUGGAGAUGAUAGGGCAUCAACAGUCUUUAAUUGGAGCUAGACCCUCAGAAGAUCUUGCAAAGUGUUGUGAACCCACUGCCGCAGAUGACUCAUUUACUCUGAUAAAUGACAACAGUGUGUUGAAAGACUGCAUCACCCUGGAUAAAGAAAUGGAAACUGCGAGACAUCGGGCGAAUGCUUCUUAUUGUGUGCCCAGAAAAUGCAUUGUUUGCGGAGACUCCAGCGCAAGAUCCCUGUCCACGACUAUGUCUAAACUUGUGAAUUCAUCUCACAUGAUAAAAGGGUAUGUUUAUAAUGGACUUAAUAUGAAAAGUCUUGUGGAAAGGAUGUUCUUAUUAUCAUUUGAUUUGACUGAAAAUGAUACAAUUGUUGUAAGUUUAAAUUUAAAUUCUACAUCCCCUAGUAUCGCUGAUAUUGGGAGGAUCCUUUCUAUGGGUAGUACCACGAAUAGUGAAACUAGUGCAGUUCUUGGUAGAAAAUUAGUUUUGAAAUCGGUUCCGAUUACCGUUGAAUGUAGUGCCUCUCCUUUUUAUGUCCAAAGUUUGGAUAGUCAUGUCAGUAAUUGUAUGCAGGGAGACUUGGAUAAUAAAUACGGACAUAUUAUGUUCAAAGAUUGCCCAAAAUUACGGAAACAAUGUGCUGUUUGCAAGCAGCUAGGACACUUCGCCACAGUUUGCCGUAAAAACAAAGCCGCUUCAUCUCACAAGACAUUGGGGAUUUUUCGAUUCUGGGUGCCAACUAGUCCCUAUCCCGAAGCAGAUGCCAAAAAAGCAAGCAUGACAGAGGUGGACAACAAUGUUUAUCUUAAUGGAUAUAGGCGCAAAUUGCAAGGUGAUUGGAAGGAAAUCUUAGAAUGUUUCCCAAUGAUAUGGCAGAGAGAGCUACCAAAUAUCGAUAAACUCCCAUCGAAAAAAAUCGUUUUGAGAGCAGAGUCUUUCACCAACAUACCUGCAGGCAAAGACAAUACUACUUCGUAG